AUUGGCUAUAAGUUAUGACAUAUCCGGAUUAUACCGGAUAAACCUUUGCACACUUUAUACGGAUCGAGUCUUGCAACCGACUACGGUCGCCUCAUUUCCGAUUUCGCGCUCCGAAGCACAGAUCACCACCAUGGCUCCCUUGACCCCAGAAGAAGAAACUCUAUGUAUCAACACCGUGCGCAUGCUGGGUGCCGAUCAACCUACCGCCGGGAACUCUGGUCAUCCAGGUGCCCCCAUGGGAUGCGCUCCCAUGGCGCAUGUGCUCUUUGGCAAGGUCAUGACGUACAACCCGACGAACCCGGCGUGGACCAACCGCGAUCGCUUUGUCUUGUCCAACGGCCAUGCAUGUGCGUUGCAGUACGCGAUGCUCAACUUGACGGGAUACGACGUGUCGAUCGACGACUUGAAGUCGUUCCGUCAAUGGGGCUCCAAGUGCCCCGGUCACCCCGAAAACUUCUGCACCCCGGGUGUUGAAGUGUCCACAGGUCCGUUGGGUCAAGGGUUGUCGAACGCCGUGGGGUUGGCCAUCGGCGAGAAGCACCUCGCGGCUGUGUUCAACAAGGAAGGACAUGAGAUCGUGGACCAUUACACGUAUGUUAUUUGCGGCGAUGGGUGCAUGCAAGAAGGCGUGACGUCGGAAGCGUCGUCCCUCGCUGGCCACUUGGGGUUGGGCAAGUUGAUUGUCCUGUACGACGACAACUUGAUCACGAUCGACGGGUCGACGGAUUUAAGUUUCACAGAAGACGUGGGCAAGCGGUACGAAGCGUACGGAUGGCAUGUGCAGACCGUCACGGACGGCAACUACGACCACGAAUCCAUCCACCGCGCCGUGCUCAACGCCAAGGCCGUCACGGACAAGCCGUCGCUCAUCAAGAUCCGCACGAUCAUCGGGCUCGGGUCCAAGAUUGAAAACUCGUACAAGGUACACGGCGCGCCCCUCAAGGCCGACGACACGGAAGCCAUCAAAGCCAAGUUUGGGCUCAAGAACGAACCGUUCUACGUCCCGGACGUCGCGCGCAAGUUUUACGACCACAAGGAGGCUGGCGCCGCGGCCGAGGCGGCGUGGAACGCCAAGUUCCAAGCGUACGCGGCCGCGUUCCCCGCCGAUGCGGCCGAGUACACCCGUCGUUUCACGGGCGGCCUCCCCGCCAACUGGAAGGACGCGUUCCCGCGCUUCACCCCCGCCGACAAGGGCUUGGCGACGCGCCAGUUUUCCGAAAAGGCGCUGAACGCGGCCGCGACCGUCUUCCCCGAACUCGUGGGCGGGUCGGCGGACCUGACGCCGUCCAACCUGACGCACCUGACGAUGACGGGCGACUUCCAGAAGCACACGCCCGUGGGGCGGUACCUCCGCUUCGGCGUCCGCGAGCACGCGAUGGCGUCCAUCAGCAACGGUUUGUUUGCGCACGGCGGCCUUCGUCCGUUCUGCGCGACGUUUUACAACUUCAUCGGGUACGCCCUUGGCGCUGUCCGCGUGUCGGCGCUGAGUCAGUUUGGGGUUCUGUACAUUGCCACCCACGACAGCAUAUUCCUCGGCGAGGACGGCCCCACGCACCAGCCCAUCGAGAUGAACGCGUCGCUUCGGUCCAUGCCCAACAUGUACCUGUACCGCCCGGCCGACGGCAACGAAGUGUCUGGCUCGUACAUUGAAGCAUUGAGCAACCCGACCCAGACGUCUGUGCUUACGUUUACCCGCCAGGGAGUGCCCAACCUCCACGGCAGUUCGGUUGAGGCGGUCGCCACUGGCGGGUACGUGCUCCAGCACAUCGUCCACGGUCAGCUUGACGUGUCGUUUGCCGGCCGCCCGGACCUGACGAUCGUGGCCACGGGGUCGGAGGUGUCGCUAGCGAUCGACGCGGCCAAGCUGCUCACGACCAAGAGCGUGCGCAUAGUGUCGAUGCCGUGCCGCGACAUCUUCGAUAAGACCUCUCCAGAGUACAAGCUGUCUGUGUUCCCGUCUGGCGUCCCGACGCUGUCGGUGGAGGCGGCCGCCACGUUUGGAUGGCGCGACUACUCGCACGCCCAGUUUGGCCUCGACCGGUUUGGCGCAUCUGCCACGAUCGAACAGCUGAGGGAACACUUUGGGUUCAAUGCCGCCGCCGUGGCCGCAGAAGCCAACAAGUUGAUCGAGUAUUACGCCGGACGCGCUGCUCCAUGCUUGUUUGACGUCCCCGCGCGCCGCUUUGUCAAGGAAGGACACCACUAAUCAGAAACAAGGGAUGUGUCGAUGCAAGAUUCGUAGAAAUAUUCAUUUUCAGAGUGUAAAGCAAGCAUACUAUGGUUGGUAUUCAUUGCUUCAAAGCAAUUAAUUACCUAUAGUCCCACAUACAAAAAUCAAGAUAAUAAUCAUCCUUGAGUCUUAGACUGACUAGCA